AUUGAAACACAUCACCAUGUGUCCUCAUCACAGCGGUGGGGAGAAGACAAGAUCAUUUAUUGAUUGUUCAGGCGGCCCUGUUUUUGAACUCAUGUCAAGAACAGUUUCUCACUGUAUCAGGGCUGUUGCUCAGACAUACAGCUUUUCUUGUCACGUAACAUGAUAUGCUGAGCCUACAGAUAGAGAGUUUUGCAUAUAUAUAAUGUGGAGAGCUACGAUUCUCUUAACUCAGCUUCCUUCCAUUGUCAGGAUGUACUUCUUCGCUUCGCUUCUAUUCUCAGGAGCUGCGAUCGCUCUUGCGCACGCUGAAGAAGCCAAGCGCGACGCAAGUCAGCCCUACUUCAACAUAUAUCAAGGUCCAAAUGAGCAAGAUUCGAUCAUCAAUGAUCCUUCUACUCAGCUGGAUUACACCCUGUCUGGGGGAGAGGCACAUCCCAACCCGUACAUGGCAGACAGACUAGGAACGACUGGCCCUCUUCUGAUUUCGUCCACUAACUUGAUCGAAUCACUGGCUCACUUUGUCCGUGAGAGAGUGCCUGAGCGCACUGUCCAUGCAAAAGGCGGAGGUGCUCAUGGUUGGUUUGAAGUAACCACACCAGUGGGUGCGAAUUAUUCGAUGGCGAGUGUCUUCUCGGAGGUCGGCAAGCGUACCCCAGUCACUGCCCGGCUUUCUACAAUUGCCGGUAAUCUGGGCAAUGCGGAUACUGUUCGAGAUCUGCGAGGGCUCGCCUUUAAGUUGCGCACAGAAGACGGAAUCUUGGACUGGGUAUUCUUAAACCACCCUGUUUUCUGGCUUCGCGAUCCAGCAAAAUUCCCUCACUUCAUCCGUUCUCAGAAACGCAACCCUCAGACAAACACUGUGGAUUACAAUGUCAUGCGUACCAUGACCGACCUAGGGACUCCUUACGGGUUCAGGCAUAUGAGUGGCUGGAGUGGCAAUACAUUCCGCGCUGUGAAGGCAGAUGGCUCGUGGGUUUACAUCAAAACCAUCGCAGUGACGGAUCAAGGCAUCAGGAACAACACUAAUGACGAGGCCAUCGUGCAAGCUGGCGUGAGCCCCGACUUUGGCGUCCAAGAUCUUUAUGACUCCAUUGCAGCUGGAAAUUACCCCAGCUGGACAAUUUACUGGCAAAUCAUGACGCCUCAACAAGCCGAGAAUUAUAAAUGUCUGAUGCUUGAAUGGCUCGUAGAAGAUGUACCUUACCAAGAAAUCGGUCGGAUCACCCUUGUUCAGAACCCGACUAAUCAUUUCGCAGAGGUUGAACAAAUUGGUUUUGACCCUGCCAACAUGCCUUAUGGUCUCGAAGCUUCUGCGGAUCCCACACUGCAAGCACGAUUGUUCGCUUACGCUGAUGCCCAGCGAUACCGCACUGGAGUUAACGGCAGACAACUCCCAAUCAACUGCCCUCUCAAUCCUGUCGCGAAUUUCUUACGUGAUGGUGCCAUGAACUUCAACAACCAGGGAAAUCGCCCAAACUUUUGGUCGCAGCAAGAUCUUCUUGGGCUUGCUCCUCGGCCGUAUAAUGACGACAAUCACACCAUUUGGACUGGUGGCGCUGUCAAGUACCUUAGCGUACCCAGCGAGAUAGAUUUCGAUCAACCAAGGAUCUUCUGGAAUGGUCUAUCUGAACGUGAUCAAAACAACUUGAUCUCCAAUGUCAUCUGGCAUCUUGGCCAGGCCAGCGACAUGGCCAUUCGCACCAAGCAGUGCCAGCUCUUUCAGCAUGUGAAUGAGACUUUAGGUCAAGCCAUUGCGAUGGGAGUGAAUGUCACUCUGUAG